ACUUCAUUCACUUGCAAAUCAGUGUGUGCCCACAAGAGCCAGCUCUCCGGAGCCCGUAACCUUCCCAUCCCGGGAGCUGCAGUUUCAGCCGCGACAGUAAGAACGCAGUGCCCGCGACCGCGGCGGCGGCGGCGGCGGCAGAGGCAAGAGCAGCCGGGGCGGGUCGCAGGGUCUCCCGGGCACAGGAAGGCGAGCAGAGAUAUCCUCUGAGAGCCAAGCAAAGAACAUUAAGGAAGAAAGGAGGAAUGAGGCUGGAUACCGUGCAGUGAGAAGAGGCGCUUCAAGGAGAGGGGGACUCGCUACCCGGGACUCACGGUGCUAUCAGCAUGAGAACUUACCGGUACUUCUUGCUGCUCUUUUGGGUCGGUCAGCCCUACCCAACUUUCUCCACUCCGUUAUCUAAGAGGACUAGUGGUUUCCCAGCAAAGAAAAGGGCCCUGGAGCUCUCUGGAAACAGCAAAAAUGAGCUGAACCGUUCGAAAAGGAGCUGGAUGUGGAAUCAGUUCUUUCUCCUGGAGGAGUACACGGGAUCGGAUUAUCAGUACGUGGGCAAGUUACAUUCAGACCAGGAUAGAGGAGAUGGAUCACUUAAAUAUAUCCUUUCAGGAGAUGGAGCAGGAGAUCUCUUCAUUAUCAAUGAAAACACAGGCGACAUACAGGCCACCAAAAGGCUGGACAGGGAAGAAAAACCCGUUUACAUCCUUCGAGCACAAGCUAUCAACAGAAGGACAGGGAGACCCGUGGAGCCAGAGUCUGAAUUCAUUAUCAAGAUCCAUGACAUCAAUGACAAUGAACCAAUAUUCACCAAGGACGUUUACACAGCCACUGUCCCUGAAAUGUCUGAUGUCGGGACAUUUGUUGUCCAAGUCACGGCAACCGAUGCUGAUGAUCCAACUUAUGGAAACAGUGCCAAAGUUGUCUAUAGUAUCCUACAGGGACAGCCCUAUUUUUCAGUUGAAUCAGAAACAGGUAUCAUCAAGACAGCUUUGCUUAACAUGGAUCGUGAAAACAGAGAGCAGUACCAAGUGGUGAUCCAAGCCAAGGACAUGGGCGGCCAGAUGGGAGGAUUAUCUGGGACCACCACAGUGAACAUCACGCUGACAGAUGUCAACGACAAUCCUCCCCGAUUCCCCCAGAGUACAUAUCAAUUUAAAACCCCUGAAUCUUCUCCACCGGGUACACCAAUUGGCAGGAUCAAAGCCAGUGAUGCUGAUGUUGGAGAAAAUGCUGCAAUUGAGUACAGCAUCACAGAUGGUGAGGGGCUGGACAUGUUUGAUGUCAUCACCGACCAGGAAACCCAGGAAGGAAUAAUAACUGUCAAAAAGUUUUUGGACUUCGAAAAGAAGAAAGUGUACACCCUCAAGGUGGAAGCCUCCAAUCCCCACGUGGAGCCCCGAUUUCUCUACCUGGGUCCGUUCAAAGAUUCAGCCACUGUGAGAAUUGUGGUGGAAGAUGUGGAUGAGCCUCCAGUCUUCAGCAAACUGGCCUAUGUCCUACAAAUAAGGGAAGAUGCUCAGAUUAACACAACAAUAGGCUCCGUCACAGCCCAGGAUCCAGAUGCUGCCAGGAAUCCCGUCAAGUAUUCUGUUGAUCGACACACAGAUAUGGACAGAAUCUUCAACAUUGAUUCUGGAAAUGGUUCAAUUUUUACAUCAAAACUUCUUGACAGAGAAACACUACUGUGGCACAACAUAACAGUGAUAGCGACAGAAAUUAAUAAUCCAAAGCAAAGCAGCCGAGUACCUCUAUAUAUUAAAGUUCUAGAUGUCAAUGACAACGCCCCAGAAUUUGCUGAGUUCUAUGAAACCUUUGUCUGUGAAAAAGCAAAGGCAGAUCAGUUGAUUCAGACUCUGCGUGCUGUUGAUAAGGACGACCCUUACAGUGGACACCAAUUCUCCUUCUCUUUGGCCCCUGAAGCAGUCAGUGGCUCAAACUUUACCAUCCGAGAUAACAAAGACAACACAGCAGGAAUCUUAACUCGGAAAAAUGGCUAUAAUAGACAUGAGAUGAGCACCUACCUCCUGCCUGUGGUCAUUUCAGACAACGACUACCCAGUCCAAAGCAGCACUGGGACAGUGACUGUCCGGGUCUGUGCAUGUGACCACCAUGGGAACAUGCAGUCCUGCCACGCGGAAGCCCUCAUCCACCCCACAGGACUGAGCACGGGGGCUCUGGUGGCCAUCCUUCUAUGCAUCGUGAUCCUACUAGUGACCGUGGUGCUGUUUGCAGCUCUAAGGAGGCAGAGGAAGAAAGAGCCUUUGAUCAUUUCCAAAGAGGACAUCAGAGAUAACAUUGUCAGUUACAAUGAUGAAGGUGGUGGAGAGGAGGACACCCAGGCCUUUGAUAUCGGCACCCUGAGGAAUCCCGAAGCCAUAGAGGACAACAAAUUGCGUAGGGACAUAGUGCCUGAAGCUCUUUUUCUACCCCGUCGGACUCCAACAGCUCGUGACAACACCGAUGUCAGAGAUUUCAUUAACCAAAGGUUAAAGGAAAAUGACACGGACCCCACUGCCCCCCCCUACGACUCCUUGGCCACCUAUGCCUAUGAGGGCACCGGCUCCGUGGCCGACUCCCUGAGCUCUCUGGAGUCAGCGACCACAGAUGGAGAUCAAGACUACGAUUACCUUAGUGACUGGGGCCCUCGGUUCAAAAAGCUGGCAGAUAUGUAUGGAGGGGUGGACAGUGACAAAGACUCCUAAUCUGUUGCCUUUUUCAUUUUCCAAUACGACACUGAAAUAUGUGAAGUGGCUAUUUCUUUCUAUUUAUCCACUAUUCCGUGAAGGGUUCUCUGUUCUACCUGUUCCAAAAGCCAAUGGCUGCAGUCCUUGUGGAUCCAAUGUUAGAGACUUUUUUCUAGUACACUUUUAUGAGCUUCCAAGGCAAAUUUUUAUUUUUUAGUGCAUCCAGUUAACCAAGUCAGCCCAGCAGGCGUGUGCGCGAGGAGAGGACAGGGAGCAGUAUUUUCACUUGUUCUCUUAGGGCGAGUUUGGAAAUUGCUGGCUACCACUGGCCACUGAUUUACUAGACUCCAUUGCCUCAGGUCAGCAGACUGUUCCAACUGUACAUUUCACAUGCUAACGGGAUAAGGGAUUGUGCUUUAUUGAUAAAAAUAUAGUUAUAGUUUUUAAAAAGUAAUAAUAAAUAAGGAGCCACUGGAAGUCACUCCUGAUAUAUCAGCUCAUGAGGAGAUAAUAACCUACAUAAAAGAAUUUCUGUUGCAAAGUAAAUGACAUUCAGCCCAUCCUGUUUGUGCUUUAAGAACUUUUGCUGACACCAACUAUUAUUCAGAACAUCAAAUCCACAUUUUAAGAUUCUCAUUUCUCUUAAGGAAUAAAAGCAAAUGAAAUGAUAACAUUCAAAGAUAACAAUAACAGAAAAGUAAUAAGACUUCAUUAAUUUGUUAUAUAUGAGACAUGCAAGAGUUUGCCAUAACACCAUAGGAAGAGAAAGAGAAAAUAGCGAAUAAUAUUAACAAAUGAAAUGUUUAGCAUAUUUGAAAGUUUUGGCUACCAGUGUAUUGCAGAUCACUUGAAAUUGUUUCAACUAUCAGUAGGCUAAUGACAAAUAAGUAUAAUUGUUUAAAGGUUUCUGAAAGAAUUUUUUUGAGACGAAUGUUGUCUGUGCUUGUUUUCAGUAUUAUUCCACUAUACCCAAAAGCAGCAACGUAAAGUACAAUAUCCUUCAGCUACUUCUCACCUAAUUGACUUGGCUUAGUUACAGUUAGAUUGAAUGAACUCAAAUCCUCCUCUUGGAGAUCCAGGGAGAGGUUAGAGCUAGCCAUAUAUGAACCUAACACUCCGCCCUUCACAUCCAGAAGCAUUUUCAAACUUACCCAGGUAAAGAUGGACAUCCCUGAGAUCAUUAUGAAAAUAUACAUUUCGUGUCUGGAAGAUGCUUACAAACUUGGAUUCCCUUCAACAAGAGUGUUUAAUAUUGGAAUUAAAAUGAUAGUUGACUUUCA